AGUAUCGAAGCGCUCUCACUCUCCGUUGUUCUCUGUUUUUAUAUUUCAGACCCAAAGUCGGAUCCAACAGUACUGCAGGACAGCAACGGCCGCCGUCAAGACCCUGAGGACUUCCCACAUUUAACCCCUCAGUCGCCCUUGCACCCUCAUUAAACGCCGAGACAGUUGCCCAUUCGGUAGGUGCCUGUCAAGUUCCGUCUUCACAAUCCUCCCCAUCAAUCAUCGCUGUCACCUGAGCCCGUGUGCCCGCUGGACAAACUUUGGGCUGCUCCCGCUGCCCGCACCCGCCAACCGUCGAUCUCCUUUGGCCAUUCAGUUGGCCUAGGUCUACUCUCUAUUCUCUAUUGUCGACAAUUCAACCCCACCAUCUUCCACGUCGCUGUGCUGUUCUGUUGUGCUGUCUACUCUUGUACCUGCGCUUUCAACUUUCUCCUCCCUCAUCCGCAACCGGAAACGCGAAGCGUCUUUCUCUUGCACCGUAACCCAGUCUAUCCUUUGGUAAGUUUGACACACAAAGAUCGUGUUUUCCGCAAGCAUUUCUCUUCUUGGAACUGACGCCAAAGUCAGCGAUUGGAGACCAGUCUUUAUCCACCCAUUGACGACUGUUCUUCAUUGACUGGUGACCGCACUUUCUCCCUCACACAACCCACUCGUCUCUUUAGUCCUUUCACUACAAUUGAGCUUGGCCUUUAAUUUCCUGCCUCUCAGACAGGAUCGCUCGAUUCGUUGGUUGACACGAGCACCCUGCAUACCACUCUCGUUCACCGACACUACACCCUGAGAGUCCUCGGUCUUACCAUUCCUCCCGCUUCGUCGAUCUAUCGACUGCAAGAGAUUAGGAUUACGACGAUUCUGGCUGCUGGAGCAGUUCAAGAGAUAACCUGCCUGACAUCCACCACCAACUUAGUCAACAGAGCCCGGCGCUUGAAUUGUCUCACAUAACCAUCAUGUCACAAGCAGGGCAGGGUUCGAGCGGAGGGUCCAGGAAGAUCUCGUUCAACGUUUCCGACCAGUACGAUAUCCAGGAUGUCAUCGGCGAAGGUGCCUACGGCGUUGUCUGUUCUGCACUCCACAAGCCAUCUGGACAAAAGGUUGCCAUCAAGAAGAUCACUCCAUUCGACCAUUCCAUGUUUUGCCUGCGCACUUUACGAGAAAUGAAACUAUUACGAUAUUUCAACCAUGAAAACAUCAUCUCCAUCCUCGAUAUUCAAAAACCACGAAAUUACGAGACCUUUUCUGAAGUCUACCUGAUCCAGGAAUUGAUGGAGACGGACAUGCAUCGUGUCAUCAGAACCCAAGAUCUCUCUGAUGACCACUGCCAAUACUUCAUCUAUCAGACCCUACGAGCGCUGAAAGCCAUGCAUUCUGCCAAUGUCUUACAUCGAGACUUGAAACCUUCCAAUCUGCUCCUCAAUGCUAAUUGCGACCUGAAAGUCUGCGAUUUUGGACUCGCCCGCAGCGCCGCCUCAACCGAUGACAAUUCCGGCUUCAUGACCGAAUAUGUUGCAACAAGAUGGUAUCGCGCCCCUGAGAUCAUGCUUACAUUCAAGGAGUAUACAAAAGCCAUUGACGUUUGGAGUGUCGGUUGUAUUCUCGCCGAGAUGCUCAGCGGCAAGCCACUGUUCCCGGGAAAAGACUACCAUCAUCAACUCACAUUAAUUCUCGACGUUCUUGGAACCCCGACAAUGGAGGAUUACUACGGCAUCAAAUCACGGAGGGCACGAGAGUACAUUCGAUCACUGCCAUUCAAGAAGAAGAUCCCUCUCAAGGCGUUGUUUCCUAAAACCUCCGACCUUGCCUUGGAUCUCCUUGAGAGACUCCUCGCCUUUAACCCAGUCAAACGCAUUACAGUGGAGGAAGCAUUGAAACAUCCAUAUCUCGAACCUUAUCACGACCCCGAUGACGAGCCCAACGCGGAUCCCAUCCCCGAGGAGUUUUUCGACUUUGAUCGAAACAAGGAUCAGUUGAGUAAGGAAGAGCUCAAGGCCUUGAUCUGGAAUGAAAUCAUGAGAUAGUCAGUUGUAUUGUAGCGACACACGAAAUUUCGGCGCACCCAGAUUGCAUCCACGGGGACAGCUGCCUUCACAUGCGCAUACUGCGCUUCCAUCAGAUGAUGAUUUCUGAUUCGACUAUCCCGAGGGGGUCCGAAACAAUUGUUGUGGAGGCAACUGUCGCUCUCUACAUCGACACGCGAUAGACAGCUCCACGGCCAGCAGUUCAAGCGAGCAAGCAGGAGAAGGGCUUUCGAAUUUUCGUUACGGAUCUUCAAUAAGAUGAGAAACAAGACCAGCCCAAUGUACUGUGUAGGCAAAUGGCCUGUGAGCACCAUAAUCAUACUAGCAUGAAUGACCAUGUGUACCAAAGAUAGACCUGCGGCGAGAACAAUCUGAAAUUUCCCCACGUCAAGCUCCGACGAUGCUGUGCCGACUUGAUACCAUUUCUGGCGAUUGGGGACGAG